GCAGCAGCAGCAAAACAGCAAAACAACAAACGCAACUUUCCUUUCGAUUUCACCAAAACGCAAGAUGUUGGCCCACCACGGCGGGCCCGUAAACUUUCGCAUCAUCAUUUAGUGUUCCCUUAGUGCAGAGCCCACACAUACACACACCACAAAAGCAAACACCCGGAUAGCAUUCCGCCCGGGGCCUGGGAGUCAAGGGCGAAGCGCAUCGGUUUGUGCUCGCACCAGCCAUGAAGAAGCUCACCGGAACGUUUCGCAACACGCAGUGGGAUCCGUACCUGCUGGUCGCCCAGAUCGUGGCGAUGCAGGCCCUGCUGUACGUUAGCCUCGGGACCAUCAUGUACGUGAUGGACUUUUUCGCCGAGGCGAACCACACACUGGACCACAUAUUCGAGUAUCACGAAAUACACGUAACCGAUCUCGGCGGACGAUUGGUUAUCGUUGCCUUCAUACUCAACUCUCUAGUCGGUGCCGGGCUGCUGUGGUUCGUCGUGCGCCGCACGAAGCUGUGCCUGGACUUUAGCUUUACCUUCCACUUUACGCACCUGGUGAUAUGCUGGUGGUACAACGAGGCUUUCCCGUCGACGAUCGGCUGGUGGAUGCUGAACGCGGUCUGCGCCGCGCUCAUGUGCGUGUGCAGCGAGUUUCUCUGCCUGAAGACGGAGCUGAAGGAGAUCCCGGUCGGGUAUACCGCGCUCAACAACAAGGUCGAUCUGUAGCGUGUGCAGCGGCACGUGAGGAGGGGACGGGACGGCGUUUAGCAAAGCAGGGACAGGUUUCGCUGAGCGCAGAAGAAGGAUAGCGGCUAAUUUGUGGCACACGCGUUCCAAGUAGGUAGUAAGCGAAGACGGGGAAGCCGAGAGGGGGAAAGGCCAUUGCUUCAGGGAUGUAUAGGCACUCCAAAGGGGUGGGCGGGAAACGCGGGGGGAAGUUGGUUGAUUUGUGUGUUUGUGACCCACGGCUAGACACACUCAAGCUUUACAAGUAAACACUAAUGGCUAAGAGUAUUUUUAACUUAUGUUUCGUACUACUAAAACAAACAAUAAACCCGACGGUAAGAGAAGGCAAGCUUAA